UGAUAUGUGAAAAUGUUUUAGAAACUUUUAAAAUAACUUGAAUCAUACGAGAAAUUUGGCAAUUUAAAAAAAAAAAAAAAAUACGAGAAAGAAUCUGAACUGCAGACAAAAGAACGGGAAAAAGCCACACAUUUUUAUAUGGAUGCAGAAAAAAGCUGAAAUUCGGAUUCUCUAGAAUGUUAAAUUUUAGCGGACAGCGCUAAAGAGCCAAAGUUGCCUCUCCACACCUAAAUUGCAACCCUAAAGCUUAGAUUCAAAAUGGCUGACGAGUCAGCCUGUAUCUCUAGGGUAAAUCAGUGUGGAUGUCUUGAACAUAGGAAAUGUUAAACAUUGCUCUUACUCCAAUAAGAUUAAUAUUUAUUUACAUUUUUUAGAUAUAGAACUACACACACAAAAAAUCAGUCACCGUUCUUUUUCUUCUCUGUUGCUUCAUGUUGCCAUUCUGGCGAAAAGAAAAUUGCAUGCGAGAAGUUCAACAGAUGGCGCUUCAUUAACGCGAAUGAUGCCUCCACAGUAUUUAAUUGUAAGAAAUUAAAUAUUUACUGUUUUAAGAUAUUGACAUUAUUUACACUCCAGCUGAUUUCUUUUCUUCUUUUAAAGAUCUAAUUCUAUUCAUGCUAUUUUACAGCCUACUAGGUUUUGAAAUAUACGGACUGUAUUCAGGAAGUUAUUUUCUCAACUCUUAAGUGUCAGAACGCAUCCAAGUAAAUGUUUACAUUUCUGGGAAGCAUGUAUUCAUUCUAGUGAUCGAUUAUUUAUUAUUUAAAAAGUUCUUUCACAUUUUUUCUAAUCUUCGGUAAAAAUUUUAAAAAUAUGUUACAGAUUUUAUAGAAUUAAAUAUUUUCAUACUUUUCUUAAAGGAAUGACGUAACUGCAAAGAAAUGGGAAAUGCUUUUUCAAACUGUUUAUGUAAGAAACAUAGAAUCGGCUCUUAUAGGGAGAUAACUUUGCUUCUGAUAGGCCUUGAUAAUGCUGGUAAAACAUGCACAGCAAAGCAUUUAGUUGGAGAAUCAACAGCAGAUGCUGUUCCCACUGUUGGAUUUUCAAGCAUUUCUUUGAAACAUGGGAAGUACAAUAUCACCAUUUAUGACCUUGGAGGUGGGCCCAAAAUAAGAGGUAUUUGGAAGAAGUACUAUGCGUUGGUUCAUGGCCUUAUCUUUGUAGUUGAUGCUAGUGACCCUCAACGUCUAGAGGAGUGCAAGACUGAAAUUAGAUGUGUUUUAAAGGAUGAAAAGAUUGCUGGAAAGCCAAUGCUUUUAUUAGUUAAUAAGCAAGAUAUAUUUGGUGCACUAGAUGAAGCAGAGCUUGUCAAUCGACUUGAUUUAGAAGUUUUAGUUAAUGAACAGAAAUGCCCUACAAGGGUGGAAGCCUCAUGUGCCAUAUAUGAUGAAGUGAAGAUAAAGGACCCUGGAAUACAGGAAGGAUUUAAUUGGUUGAUUGGUCUCAUCUCAAGAGAUUUUGAUGAACUGCAUCAAAGAGUUGAGAAAGAAAUGCUUGAACAAAAGAAGCAAGAGGAAAAAGAACAAGCAGAAAGGAUGCAACGUGUGCAAAGAAUACGAGAAGAAAGAGAGAGGCUUGCUGAAAAUCGGGUCAAAGAAGAAGCAAGAUGUAAUGCUCAUGAAGAGGAUGAUGAUGUUGUUAUAGGAAAUCCUUUUAAGCCUUGUAAUGUUAUUCGGGCUGAGUUAGAAGAGAGGGAAAAGAAUAAGAAUCCAGAACUAACGACACCUACUGUGAAAGUUAUUCAUGUGAGUCCAACUAACAGUGUAGAAGCUAGUAAUCGAGAAGAAAUAAUAUUGCACCCUCAGCCUUUAAAUCGACAUAUGGUAGAUACAAAUAAUAUGCUGGAAAAAACACAUAAUAUUCCAAUGGAAAUGUGUAAUGGCAGCUCACCUGUACAACUUUCAAGCAGCGAAGAAGACAGAAGGAAAAAAGCAAAGAAAAUUAAGAAAAGGUUUAAGAACCGAGUUAUGCCUGAAGUGUUAGACUCUGCUUGUGUUAGUCAUGUAUCUAGGUUAAAUGAACUGCCACCACUGAGGCCCAGCAUUGAAACAAUAGCCAAUGGCCAGCCAAGUGUGUACAUGUCACCAAAGAGGUCAUAUCAGAACGGUAAGAUUAAUUGGGCACUGGCUGAAGAACUGGAACCUUGUAAAGAAACAUCUCUCACUGGAUGUCCUAACAAAAGGAUUGAAGCUUGGGGAAGAAAUAUUCAGAUAUUUCAUGAAAUAUCUAUUAUGAAACUCUCAGCAGGAUCAGAUUCAGAAAUGUAUGUAUGUAUGGAUGGAUGGAAGGAUUCAUGUAUGCAAAAGUAUUUAGUAAUUUCACUUAUGCUUUCAAUUCUUUGGAUAAGUUUGCUUUGUUUAAAGGAGCCAGAAUUUCGGAUGAACUGUUUAAUUAAAAUAUAUUGGAGUGGCUUGGAUACAGAAAUUCUGGAUACAGAAAAGCAAGGAUUUUUUGUGGAAGAGAGAUUUCAAUUGAUUUCAGCAUUCCUCCUUCUGAUGAAGAAGCAUUGAAGUUGAUUAAAUUUUUCUUCUUUUAUGUACUUUUCUUUAAAUUUCAUUGAUUUUUUUUUAAAUUAGGGUAUUACUUUUUAAAAUUUUUAGUUUUAACAUGUAUUAUUAUUAUUAUUAUU